UCCCUGACGAGAACACCGUAUCAGCACAGCACACAGCACGAGCUACGGCAGGGAGGGGCAGCGGUGGUCGCCAGCGGUUGGACCGCCGCGGACGCUUUCUUCUUCUUCUUCUUCUUCUUCUUCUUCUUCUUCCUCCGAGGCUUCCUCGUCACCCCAACGCACACAAUAGAAUAAGCAGCGCGAAUAAAUAAGUUGCUGCUUACUCCGGCCCUUGCUUCCUCCUUCCCUUUCCUCCCCUCCUCUCCUCCCCUGUCGUUCGUUCCUCCAAGCUCCAACAACCCACUCGCCCCGUGCCGCGGACGCCGCGGCCGCAAUCCCAGUCCCAGAGAGGGGCGGGUGGAAAGCGCCGCUUGUAACAGUAGCUCCAAAAGGCAGAGGGUUUCCCGGGGCGGUUGUGGUCGCCGUGGGGACGGAAGCGAACGCGUCCGCAUUUGCUCUCGCCUGCACCCGCGUUUGUUUCAUCUCCUCCUGCUGUCUCGGGCAUAUCCGUGUCUGAUUGCUGUUUGGGAGCGGGAUUGGAGAUUGUUAGCAACUGUGCUGGGACGUCAAGUUGCUGCUGAUUCUAUUGUACAGACAUGGCCAGGUUUGGAGGGUUCCUGUAUGCAGCAAUCCUCGUUGUUCUGUGCAUUUUCCAUGUGGAUGUCGUAAGGGCACAAAUCACUCACCCUACUGAAGCAAAUGCUCUCAGGGCUAUCAGAGGCAGUUUGAUUGAUCCUAUGAAUAACCUUAAGAAUUGGAACAGAGGGGAUCCAUGCACACCACGCUGGGCAGGAAUCAUCUGCGAAAAGAUACCCAGUGAUGCAUAUCUUCAUGUGACAGAAUUGCAGUUGCUUAAGAUGAAUCUUUCUGGAACUUUGGCACCGGAGGUUGGUCUUCUGUCUCAGCUGAAAACAUUGGAUUUUAUGUGGAACAAUUUGACUGGAAGCAUCCCGAAAGAGAUAGGCAAUAUCACAACGCUCAAGCUUAUAACUUUGAAUGGUAAUCAGCUAUCUGGCACCUUACCAGAUGAGAUUGGCUCUCUCCAGAACUUAAACAGAUUACAAAUCGAUGAAAACCAAAUAUCUGGACCCAUACCUAAAUCGUUUGCUAACUUAACAAGCAUGAGGCAUCUUCACUUGAACAACAAUUCAUUAAGUGGGCAAAUCCCAUCUGAGUUGUCCAGAUUACCCGAGCUCCUUCAUCUCCUUGUGGAUUCCAAUAAUUUAUCUGGACCUCUUCCCCCCAAAUUAGCGGAGACACGCAGUUUGAAAAUACUUCAGGCUGAUAAUAAUAACUUCAGUGGAAGUUCCAUCCCUGCUGCAUACAACAACAUACCGACACUUUUAAAGCUGAGUCUUAGGAAUUGCAGUUUGCAAGGAGUUAUCCCUGACCUAAGUGGCAUACCUCAACUUGGAUAUUUGGAUCUUAGCUGGAACCAACUGACAGGAUCUAUCCCAACCAAUAAGCUCGCUUCAAAUAUCACAACGAUUGAUUUGUCGCACAACUUUCUCAAUGGAACUAUUCCGGCAAACUUCUCUGGGCUACCCAAUCUUCAGUUCUUGUCAAUUGAAGGGAACCGCCUCGACGGUGCUGUUCCAUCGGCUAUCUGGAGUAACAUCACUUUUACAGGAAACAGAAGCCUUGUUCUGGAUUUUCAAAGCAACUCCCUCGACACUAUUCCGGCUACAUUUGAGCCUCCAAAAGCUGCCACUGUUCUGCUUUUUGGAAACCCUGUAUGUGACAGUUCUAAUUCAGCUCGAGCAGCCGGUCUUUGUCAACCCACGUCUGUAAAUGAAGCACCCUCUGGACAGGGACCACAAGUCAGUAUAAAUUGUGCUCCUUGCCCAAAGGAUAAAACUUAUGAAUACAAUCCAUCGUCCCCUAUACCUUGCUUCUGUGCUGUGCCACUCGGAGUUGGAUUUCGGCUGAAGAGUCCAGGGAUCGCCGACUUCCGUUCCUACAAAGAAGCCUUUGAGAUCGACUCAACCUCUGAAUUGCACCUGCAGAUUUACCAGCUAUACAUUGAGCACUACAUAUGGGAGGCCGGUCCAAGGCUGAAUAUGCAUUUGAAGUUAUUCCCAAGUAAUACUACUUUAUUCAAUAUGUCUGAGGUUGUGCAGCUCAGACAUUUACUUGCUGGAUGGGAGGUUACUCUAUCGGAUAUUUUUGGUCCAUAUGAGCUUCUGAAUUUCACGCUUGGUUCCUAUGCAGACGAAUUUCCAACUGUGGUGUCGUCAGGUUUAAGCAAGGGCGCGCUAGCUGGAAUUUUGGCAGGAACCAUAACUGCUGCUAUUGCAAUGUCAGUGGUUUCUACAAUUUUUAUAAUGAAAAGACGCUCAAAACGUCGAACAGUUUCGAGGCGCUCAUUACUGUCAAGGUUCUCUGUCAAGGUUGAUGGUGUGAGAUUCUUCACAUUUGAAGAAAUGGCUGGAGCAACAAAUGAUUUUGAUGAUUCAGCUCAAGUUGGUCAGGGAGGUUAUGGAAAAGUCUAUAAAGGAAAUCUAGCUGAUGGAACAGCUGUUGCAAUCAAACGAGCACAUGAAGACUCUCUGCAAGGUUCAAAGGAAUUUUGCACAGAAAUAGAAUUGCUGUCAAGAUUGCAUCAUCGUAAUUUGGUUUCUCUGAUUGGCUAUUGUGAUGAAGAAGAUGAACAGAUGCUGGUGUAUGAAUUCAUGCCAAAUGGCACCCUACGUGAUCAUCUUUCUGUAACUUCUAAAAUACCUCUGAAUUUUAGUCAGAGGUUGCAUAUUGCACUGGGUGCUUCAAAGGGAAUCCUCUAUCUACACACUGAGGCAGAUCCUCCUAUAUUUCACCGUGAUGUUAAGGCCACCAACAUUCUAUUGGACUCCAAGUUUGUAGCGAAGGUGGCUGACUUUGGUCUUUCAAGGCUUGCUCCAGUCCCGGAUAUUGAAGGAACUUUGCCAGCUCAUAUCUCCACUGUUGUUAAGGGCACUCCAGGCUAUCUCGAUCCAGAAUACUUCCUAACUCAUAAAUUGACAGAGAAAAGUGAUGUCUAUAGCCUUGGUAUUGUGCUUCUUGAACUACUGACAGGGAUGAAGCCAAUCCAGCACGGCAAAAACAUCGUUAGAGAGGUAAAUACGGCUUACCGAUCGGGAGACAUUUCUGGAAUCAUCGACAGCAGAAUCUCCUCAUGCUCCCCAGAAUGUAUCACAAGGUUCCUGUCGCUGGCCCUGAAGUGCUGCCAGGAUGAGACCGAUGCGAGGCCUUACAUGGCUGAGAUUGUCAGGGAGCUCGAUGCCAUCCGGAGUUUGUUGCCUGAAGGAGAGGAUCUUGUGUCGGUAACCUCCAUGGAGAUAGGCUCCUCGGCCACACUAACUAAAUCCACCUCGAACUCCGUGACAACGACCACCGGGGAGCAUUUUGGCUCAUUCCAAACCUCCGGCAGCGGCCGCGCCCACAGUGGCAUCCCAUCCGGGACAGUGGCUCCUCGCUAGCAUGGCCAGCCAGUGUUUUUUCGUGUUGUAAAUGGGCAUAGGCAGUAGGCUUGUAAGUAAUUGAUGCAUUGUAGAACGCUGGUUUGGCCUGCCGGGCGAUUUGUUCUUCUGUAAAUGAAAUGUGUGUUGUGCGUUUCUGAAGAUCAGGGUGUUUAACAACUGUAGGAUGCAAUGUUUCUUUUUUAUCGGGAACUGUAGGAUGCAAUGUUACUACUGAUAUAUACUGUUGUGGAGUACUGGAGUGUAAAUGACAAAGGGUGAAUGCUGACGAAAUCCUUUCAGCUACA